GCCCACAGCCCCGCAGUUGCCCUUUCGUCUCCACGCUCCUGUCUCGGUGCCAGCACCUCUGGGAUGGCCUCGCAAAACCGCGACCCAGCUGCUGCCAGCGUUGCCGCGGUUCGAAAGGGAGCCGAGCCCUGCGGGGGCGCCGCCCGGGGCCCUGUGGGCAAGCGGCUACAGCAGGAACUGAUGAUCCUCAUGACUUCUGGUGACAAAGGAAUCUCGGCCUUCCCUGAGUCAGACAACCUGUUCAAAUGGGUGGGGACCAUCCAUGGAGCAGCUGGAACCGUAUAUGAAGACCUAAGGUAUAAACUCUCCCUAGAGUUCCCCAGUGGCUACCCUUACAACGCACCCACAGUGAAGUUCCUCACACCCUGCUACCAUCCCAACGUGGACACCCAGGGCAACAUCUGCCUGGACAUCCUCAAGGAUAAGUGGUCUGCACUAUAUGAUGUCAGGACCAUCUUGCUCUCUAUCCAGAGCCUGCUAGGAGAACCCAACAUCGAUAGUCCUUUGAACACACACGCUGCGGAGCUCUGGAAAAACCCCACAGCAUUUAAGAAGUACCUGCAAGAAACCUAUUCAAAGCAGGCCUCCCGCCAAGAUCCCUGAUGCCGCCCCUCUUUUGUGUCGUCUUUUUUUCUUAAACUAUAUCUGUCCUUUCUCC